AUGCGGGAAGCACGGGAAGCUUGGAGACUUCUGAUUCCGCUGCCGUUUUGGGCUCCAGCUGCUGUUCCCGCUUUGCAGCGCUGGGAAGCCAAGGUCCUUUUGACUAUGGCGAUCGAGCACGUGGCAGCCCUCCUGGUGCAGCCGAUGUCCACGGAGAGAUUCGUCCGCCGUCGCUGGGAUCGGCAGAUCGUAGAUGUGGACGCUUUUUCAGGUGGCCAAAGCCUCGUCCACCGCAAAACGAUUCCAAACACCUCUUCGACUGGUGCCUUCAUUUCAAACACCACCGCACGGCUGCUCUGA